CAUAUCAUAAACAUGAAGAUACAUGUGUAGAAAUUAUUCGUCGAUUGGAAGAAUGCCAUAAAAGUGGGCUCUAUAACCGAUACUUUGGAAAAUGUAAUAAGAUAAAAAUAGAAUUGAACGCCUGUCUUGGCUCAGAGUUUGAAAAGGUUCGUCGUAGAAAUGCACAAAUUGCUAAAGAGAAACGAAGAAAAUACGAAGAAUUAUGUAAAGAAUUAGCAACUGAACUUCCCGUAAAGACCAAGAAAAAUUUCCUAAUGAAGAUAAUGAAGAUUGUAUUAAGUAAAGUUCCAACUUUGGAUGAAACCGAGCGGGUUGAAUGGUGCGAAAUGGCAUAUGAUUAUAUAUUUAAGCAAAAACCGAGUCUUUACGCGUAUGCCUCAGAACAGGUUCUUGAAGAGAUUUCAAAUCAGCAUGUAGCCUUUUUCUUAGAACAUUUUAGUACAGAAAGAAUACAAUCGGAGUUUAAUACGAAUAAAGAUCCGGCUCCAUUCUUCAAGACUUUAAGGGCGAUGACUAAAGUUGUAUAUAUGAAGUCGAAAGGAAAUGCAACAAAUGAGCCAAGAUACAAAAAUGCUAUAGAGAAAGAUUUUCAAAUAUUGCAAUUGGUUGCAAAAGAACACUUGCCGUUGGUCAAGAAAAGGAUUGAUUUGUUAGAAAUAUUGUUCAAUAUGUACGCUUUAAUGCCUCAAACAUUACCCAAUAAUCCUAAACAUGUAUUAGAGGCAAUUGUAAGUGGAUUAAUCCUUAAAUCUCCCGCUGACAUAAAAAAUUCCGAAGAUAAAUUUUUUGCAAAUGCAAUAGAAUUAUUUGAGCAUUACAAAAAAUCAAGUGAAAAUCUUCAAAUCAUUUUAGUUGAUGUGUUUACAAAGCUCUCAAUAAAAUUCCUCAAGAAUGCUGAAUUAUUAGCUCUGGUGAUUAGUCAAAUUCCGCGCGAACUCAAACAGGAUCUUUUACCUUUUAUUCAAAAGAUUUCUCGUGACAAAGAAAUAAACUUUGAUGAAAUAUUACAGAAAAUGAUUAGAAUGCUCGAAUUUCCUUUCGCAAAAAAUAUUGGAAUUUGGAUUGUUGAUUUAUUGGAUGCCAUGUUUGCAAUUAAAAAACAUGAGCUAGUUUUGAGGCUUAUUGAUGAUAAACUUUCAGAUUUGUUCCUGUUAUUAAAGAGUAGCGAGUUGCGUGAAGACGUCAUGCCAGUUGUUACCUAUAUGCUCUACAAGUAUCAGCACUCGAAUAAAGUUUUUCAUAAAAUAAUCAAAUUUAUUCCCGACGUAUUAGACAUUAUUGCAGCACAAGAGGGUGAUCAACAACAUUUGAACGACCUCUCAGAAGUAACUCAAUGCCUUAUUUUUCACUUUCCAAGUGUCGAUGCUUAUUCAGCGAUUGAAGAAAAAUUAACAGAACUCAAGCUGACGAAAAUUUCCCAUUCCGAUGCAAAGAAAAGAUUAGAAGAGAAGCAAAUUACCAGAACUUCAGGUAAUAAAAAUGGCAAUAAAAAUGGCAAUAAAAAUAGCAAUAAAAAUGGCAAUAAAAAUGGUAAGAAAAAUGGUAAGAAAAAUGGUAAUAAAAAUGGUAAUAAAAAUGGUAAUAAAAAUGGUAAUAAAAAUGGUGAUAAAAAUGGUAAUAAAAAUGGAAAUCAGGGGGAAGAGAUAGAGACACAAACAUCAGUAACAGAAGAGUCAGCGACAUCAUCAGUCGCCGCCGCCGCGUCAUUCUCAUCAGUCAAUAAGAAAGGCCAACAGACACAGCGGAAAACAGGUCUCAAAAAUCUUCGGAACACAUGCUUCAUGAAUAGCGUGCUUCAGGCAUUAUUUAAUUCAGUCGAAUUUCGUAAUCGUGUCUUGGAUAUCACUAGAGUCUCUCGCACGUCGACGACUUAUGCCUUACAACAAUGCUUUGGCGCAAUGUCGGAAGAAAGACCUUGGUACUCGCCAAAGCCAUUAUUGCAGGCACUUCCCAAUUGGCUUAAUGAUGGAAGGCAACAAGAUUGUCAUGAAUUUUUAAAUCAAAUGGAAGAUGAAGCAAUUAAAUCCGUCCCCAAUUGUAAAAAAAGACGUCUAGAUCAUGAAGACAUCGAAGUGGAAUCUCCUCCGUCAACCCCCGAUGUUGAUAUUCCACUUGUUCCAUUCACAGGGAAACUCCAGAAUAUAAUAAAAUGUUUAAGUUGUGACACCAUAUCUAAAAAUCUGGAAGAGUUUCAUGAGUUGACUUUGUCUCUCCAAUUAGACAACCGAUCAAAUAAUAAUAAUAAACUGUUAAUUCCCGACAUGAUUAAACAGUUAUUGUUACCUGAAAAACUAAAUGGAGAAAAUCAAUACUCAUGCGAUGUUUGCCAUGGGUUUCGCGAUGCUUAUAAGUAUGACCGAGACUCGCAACGUAGAAUCAAAAUAAGGACACCGAUCGUAAUUCAAGAUUCACUCGAACUGUCGUAUGAACACUUGGAUCAAGAUAAUGUUAUGAAUUCGCCAAACACUCAAAGUGAUGCUACUGGAGAAACAUGUGUUUCACAAGUCGAUGAACAUGAAUCUGAAGAGGAAACAUGUAUGACUAUCUCUCAAAGCGGUACAAGUAAUGAAUUUGUAGAGGUUAUGGAUGACGAUAGGGAACUUAACACAAGCGAUACUAUCGUUGACAAUAAAGAAGAGCAACAACCUAUCAACGCAAAUGAUGCUCUGGAUAACGAUAAUGGAGUACUUGUUAAUUUAAGUGAUAAUAUGGAUAACGCUAAUGGAGAACUUAAUCCGAGCGAUAAUAUGGAUGAGGAUAACGGAGAACUUAAUCCAAGCGAUAACAUGGAUGACGAUAAUGGAGUACUUGUUAAUGUAAGCGAUAAUGACGAUAAAGGACAACUUAUUAAUACAGAUGACGAGAAAGGAGGAUAUGUAAAUAUUGAAUCUCAGAAUAACGAUGAUGAUACUUUGUUAGAAUUUCACGAGUAUGUUAAUGUAGAGGAGAAUGUAGCAGAUGGGGAUGAGAAUUUGAAAAAUGAUCAAGAUGGGACAAUCUUAAACUCUGAGGGGAUAAAUAACCAACUAUACGAAAACCAAAUACAAAAAAAUGGAGAAAGUGAUGCUGAGGCCACACUUGAUACAUUUGUACAAGAUUCUAUUACACAAUAUUCAUUGGCUUCUAUCGUGGUGCAUUCAGGAUUCUCGGCUGAAUAUGGACAUUAUUAUACUUAUGCAAAAGAUGAAGGCAAGCUUUCAUUUUUUAUUAAUUUCAAUAAAAUUUCUUAA